AUGUCGUACGAAUUCUUUGUGCUACAACACAUUGCAUCCGUUUUCCUCCUCUUCGGUUUCUUGUUCGCUCAUUUUGACAACCUCUUGCGCAGUACCAUGUGGCUCUGGGCUACCAUGGGUAUCUGGAUCUUUUCUGUGGCGGGUCGAGGUCUCCUAGUCCUGUUCUCCUCUGAUUAUUUCACCGGGUCUCGCGCCAAGGUACAAGUCCUGACAGAGGCUGGUAAAGCAUCUGACACAGAUCACCACAAGCCUGUGGAAUAUAUCCGUAUGACGUUUGACACCCCACUGAGCUGGCACCCUGGCCAACAUGUGUAUGUGCGUUUCCCUGGUGUGGCACCGUUGCAAGCACAUCCGUUUACCUGCCUUUCCUUGCCCAGCCUUUUGCCUCACCUUCCGAACCGGUUGGUUCUUCUUGCACGUGUUCACAAGGGCAUUACGCGACGAAUUUAUGACUAUUGUGUUUCGCAUAAUGAGAAUGUGUCGCUUUUGGCAACGAAGGAAAAAGAAGGUGUAUCGGGCGAGUCCAGUCCGACCCUGGAUGGUGUGCUGGAUAAGACGUGUUGCUGUACACCCGCGAUCGAGGCACAAGAGAAGCCAUCUGACCUUCACACGACUCAUUUUACGGCACUGCUGGACGGUCCGUAUGGGUACACGUACAGCCUUGGUAUCUAUGAGCACAAUGUGCUUUUUGCUGCUGGAUCUGGUAUUACCUUUGUACUUCCCCAAGUGAGUUUCCUACUUCGCGAGACCCUGAUGGGCAAAAAAUGUAUAACCAAGCAUAUUCGACUUGUGUGGGUCGUAAGGUCGCUUGAUAUUAUUCGUUGGGUCAAACCUGAGCUAAUGGAGGUUGCCUUGCUUAUGGAAAAGGCACCUUUCCAGGUUGAUCUGGACGUAUAUGCUACUGGUUCAACGUCUCAACCCAUUGAACCAGAGCUGACGUCCAUUGUUCAUUUUUCAAUGGGGGCUCGACCUGAUAUCAAAGGCAUCAUGGAUGCUGAAGUUUCCACUGCAAAUGAGGCAAAUUCAUCGACUAUGUCUGUCAACGUGUGUGGCCCGAAGAGUCUGAUUCAUGAUAUUUCAAACUAUAUAUCUAGUGCGAAUGCAAGGCUCGCUUUCGGCAAGUUGGGAUCUCUUCGUGACCUGCGUUUAAUUUCAGAGUCUUUCUCCUUCUAA